GCAGAACUAUUUUGCGUCACCUCAGAGACGGCAGUUAAUGGAGUAAUGCGGUCACGCCAAAACGAUAAUGUUAGGGACAAACGGGGCCGUAGCGGAUUCAAAGUGGAUUUAUUAAAAGCGUGAUAUUGCACCGGGUGCAGAUACAUGGUAUCAGACUACUAUGACCGCAGAAGCAUAGGUUUAUGCGCAGUAAUUGGCUCGUGUGCAGCUGACUCGCCGUGUCAACACAAAGGCCUAUGUAGCUUGUUAGCAUUAGUUCACCAGCUAGUUAGCUUUAACGCCAACCUCAGCUGUUAGCAAACUAACAGGCGUGCCAUUUGAAUGUUUUUACUGUAGCCCAGUUAAUCUGCUCAGCCUACAAGACAGCAUUGAGGUAUUUGUUGCCCUUCUGCGAUAAUGGCGGAACAGGGUGCGGUGGUCUCGCAGCAGAAUUUGGACAGGAGCUGCUGGGUGUGCUUCGCCACAGACGAGGACGACCGCACAGCAGAGUGGGUGCGCCCGUGUCGCUGCCGCGGCUCCACCAAGUGGGUCCACCAGUCCUGUCUGCAGCGCUGGGUGGACGAGAAGCAGCGGGGGAACAGCACGGCACGUGUGGCCUGCCCACAAUGCAACGCUGAAUACCUCAUCGUCUUUCCCAAACUGGGUCCCGUGGUCUACGUGCUGGACCUGGCCGACCGGCUCAUCUCUAAGGCGGGCCCCUUCGCUGCUGCAGGCAUCAUGGUGGGCUCCAUCUACUGGACCGCCGUCACGUACGGAGCCGUCACCGUCAUGCAGGUGGUGGGCCAUAAGGAGGGUCUGGACGUCAUGGAGCGGGCGGACCCCCUGUUCCUGCUCAUCGGCCUGCCCACCAUCCCCGUCAUGCUGAUCCUCGGCAAGAUGAUCCGCUGGGAGGACUACGUGCUGCGCCUGUGGAGGAAGUACUGCAACAAGCUGCAGAUCCUCAACAGCAUCUUCCCAGGGAUUGGCUGCCCUGUCCCCCGUAUCCCGGCGGAGGCCAGCCCCCUGGCGGACCACGUCUCUGCCACCCGCAUCCUGUGUGGUGCGCUGGUCUUCCCCACCAUCGCCACCAUCGUGGGGAAGCUGAUGUUCAGCAGCGUCAACUCCAACCUGCAGAGGACCAUCCUGGGAGGAAUCGCCUUCGUGGCCAUCAAGGGGGCGUUCAAGGUCUACUUCAAGCAGCAGCAGUACCAGAGACAAGCCCACCGCAAGAUCCUCGACUUCCCCGAGUCGGAGGAGGCCUGAGGCAGUCGGACAAAACAGACUCGGGAUCAGUGUCACCCUUCACCUCCCACUCCUCCCACUCCUCCCUUAUCCUCACCCCUCCUGGAGUGACGCUCAGUGCGAGGCCCCCCCACCCUCCGCUUCAUGAAUUCAAACUGUUGACGCUGCGGUGGAGGAAGAGAGGAAGAGAGGAAGAGAGGAAGAGAGGAAGAGAGGAAGAGAGGAAGAGAGGAAGAGAGGAAGAGAGGAAGAGAGGAAGAGAGGGAGAGGAAGAGAGGAAGACGAGGAGACAGAGGAGCAUGUUAGCAGUCGGCGUGACUGCCAAUAACUAAUACUUAUUGUAACAUAACUGUAUUUUAAAGAUAAAGAAAUGCGGGGCAUGUGUAAUUAAAGACUUUUAUAAUUAUAAUAAAUGAUUGUUUUAUGAUUAUUUUGAAGAGAUCCCUUCGCAAUUGUGGAGGAAUAAAGUCAGAGGGGUAUAGAAUGUAUAGAAUGUAUGGACCAAUGAGACGUGAAUCAUUCUGCAGGAGACGAGUCCUGAUGAUGAGCCCCUGCUUUAUGUGAGGACUGUUUGAUCUCCUCUCAUGCCUUCAGUGUUCAUCGUCUGCAGCUUCACAAACACUCAAUGUUCUUUCUAAAGCUUCACAGCACUGCCCGUGUUUCCGUGGAGCCCGUUGCCAUGACGCCGUCUCUAACAGAUGGGUGGAUAUUAUGGACGCUUGUCUUUUCAGAGAUUUUUACAACGACCGGAUGUUGGAAUGAAAGCAUCUCUGAAGCUACAUGAGCUACAUUCAUUUACUGAGAUGUUGCUGAACUAUUCAGUCUGAACUGAUCCCAGGUCAGACUGAGGCUCUCAGGAAAUUACUAUGAAGAAAUGGAAUCGGACACUAUUCAUUGAGAACGGCUGAUGUCAGGACACCUACAGGAAAUUAAAGCGUUGGUGCAACCAAAUAACAAGUCACAUUUUCUCCCUCUACAGAUGUAUCUUCAUGCCUCAAUGCCUUUUCAAAGUUUCUAUGGAAGCCUUGAGGCUCAAGAGAAGUGAUAUGAAUACUUCUCUCCUGUGCUUAUGACUUAGGAAAUAAAAGCUGUAUUUCAGGAAAUAUAUUAAAAAUCUUUAAAAUGGGUGGUGAACAAAUAUUUGCCAAGAUAAUAUAAAGAGUAACUUUUGUUAUUGGGUAAAAAGAUUUUAGGAAUGUAUUCAGUAAAAAAAAUAAAAGCUUUUAAAGGACGUCUACACUCAUAGGGGAAUAUCAGUUCUGAUUGGUCAGUGCUUUCGUUUGAAUGCUCCUACAAAAUUUGAGGUUGCAUUGAAAAUAUUAAAACCUGGACAAAUAGUGUGAAAAUGUGUCUUAUGAAAUGAACAUAGCACAACAGUAAGUGGUUUAAAUCAUGUGAUUAACUAUUUCACUUUAUGUGGUAGUUUGUGCACAAUCUGACCAGCUGCUGUUUCCUGCCUCAGAGGAGCUGGAAACAUCAGUGUGUGAUGGGCGCACACACGCCUCCAGUGGUUCCACCAUCAGUUCUCCACUCUGCCAAAAGAGACUUCCUGUCUAUGGUAUCGUUUUAUCUGUGAAUAAACGUCUUUUUCCAAG